AUGACCUCCCAGCUGCUUCUGCCAAGCAUCAGCACCCAGCGCAGGAGCAUUGCUCUGUCGGAGAGGCCGGACAGCGCUCGGUCGCAGAGGCCGGCCAGCGCCCGGUCGCAGCUGACCUCCCGCUCGGGGCGCAGCUCCGUAGACACAGGCGUCAGUGGAGUCUCGCGAGGUAGCGCAGUUCUACGGCGGCUUUCCACGGCGUGCUCGAACUUACCUCUGCAGGACUACACCGACCUGUCGAUCGAAGUGUUGCACACAGUGGAGUCGUUCAACACGACGUUGUUGGACUUGAAGCUUGAAGCGACGCAGCUGAAGCAGCUGAGGGUCUCGCCGCCAUUGAAGCAGGCCGCGGUCGUCAAGGGCAUUUUUCUUAAGGUAUCCCGCGUGUCUGGUCUUGGGCUACAAACAUUUCAGCGCCAGUUUCUGGACGAGAUCGGCAAUGUCAGGAGCAUCAGCGUAAGGUUUUUCCGUGCGCUGGUGGCCCUUAUUUAUACAGUAUUGGCGAAGCCAAUUGGCAUGUGGCCCGCAGCAGAGAAUAUAUUUGGGAACAGCCAGGAGCAGCUGCGGUUGUUGCAGGAUCUGGCACAGGCCGCCUCGGAUACGGCAGCCCUUCAGAGAGGUGCCUUCGAGGAGGCAAAGGAGGCUGCAAAGCUUGUGCUCUCCCAGGUCAGCUUGAGCGAGCGGAAAGAGGAAAGAGAGGCAGCGAGGCAGAAGAGAAUCGUCAUGCUGAGGAACACGGGCGCAGGGCCAGCACCAGUACCAGCCCCGCGCAGAGCGCGCACCGCAGGGGCUCUGGUGGGUCUUUCCCGCAAGGCCUCGGGAUUGAUAGACUCCGAGCCUGCUCGGCGUACAAGUGUUACGUGCGGCGAGGAGUUAUUCGAGCUUGACGCCGACGAAUUCGAUGCAGAGGUGUUCGAGAAGUUUCAGGCGCUACUGGCUCCCGUAAAGGAAGACGACGUCGACACCGUCGUGCGGGAGCUCUCCCUCCUGAACAGGCCUGCGCGCAAGAAGGAGAUACUUGAUCGAUCGCAACAAACUCCAGAUUACAAGAGCUACUGGAAGGUGGCGGUAGCCAACAUGCGACGUAUCAGGGAGCGGAACACUCAGAAAGUAUCCAAAUGGGUCGGCGUAUACACGCUGCGUUGA